AAAAAGUUAUGGACUUGCAGGAGCAGCCAGGUAGCACUAAGUCGCUUGGUCAAGAGGAUUUUACUGCAGUCCCGCUUGAUACUGCUCCUUCUCUUCCCUCCUUCUCUCCUAUCUCAGCUGAUCCCUUUAAAGAGCACACAGCCUUUGAUACGCUCUCAGAUGGAUUACCUGCAAGAGGCAUUUACAAAGAAAAUGCAAGGGAGGUUUAUAAAGAAACUAUGGAAAAUGCAAGAAAUCCAUUUCUUGCAGAGGGAAAUGAAAAAGACAUUUCAGAGAUUAAAUACUCGGAACCCCCAUUUGCUAAAGCAGAAGCAGCCAUUUUAUCUCAAGCUAAAGAAGAAACACAGCUAGAGGGCCCUAAAGAAUUACCUAAUCUGGAGAAAAUGCCUGCACAGCAGCCGAAAAUGUCUCCAGAAACUCCUCAAGAUCUGUUUGAGAAAAACAAGGAAGAUCUCUUUUAUAACAAAGACAAAUAUGGAGGUGGUGAUCAUGGUGAAGAAGGGGCAUUGAAAGAAGACCCUCUUAGGAGGGAAGAAUAUGCAGACUUUAAACCGUUCGAGCCAAUAUGGGAAGUAAAAGGUGCUAGUCAUGGACUGAGCAGCGUGAGAGAGGAUGUUGGAAGCAAGAUAGAUGCCAAACUAGAAAGCAGUUUAGAUAAGAAAUAUGGUGUAGAUAAGCCAAAUGUGCAGAAGGAUUAUGAAAGAGAGAGUGAAGGCAGCGCUGAAGAUCGCUCUUUCCCAAGUACCCCAGAAGCUGUAAACGAACCUUCGCAGGCUUACAUCACUUGUACUAAAUUUGAAUCCUCUGUGAGUCCUGAUGAUAACAAAGUCAAAUCUCUUUCUCCACUAGAGGAAGGCACUUCAGAAAAUAGAACCGAUGAUGAGAAAAAAAUUGCAGAAAUGAAAGCUCAGACGAGCACAGAACAAGGUGAUUUUAGCACUCAAGCAGUUGGCAAGCAGGAAGGCCAGGAAGCUGACUAUGCUAAAACAGAGAGUGUAUCAACGGUGCCAUCUGACACUGCAGCAAAUAUGCCUGAAGGUCUUACUCCUGAUCUAGUACAAGAAGCAUACGAAAGUGAAAUGCAUGACGCGGCAUGUACAAAACUUGCUUAUGAAACAAAGAUUGAUUUAGUUCAAACCUCCGAGUCAGUGCAAGAGACUCUGAAGCCCGUGACACAACUCUGUCCCUCAUUUGAAGGGUCGGAAGCUGCUCCGUCACCAAUAUUGCCAGAUAUUGUUAUGGAAGCCCCACUGAGCACUGGGACUGCUGGUGCAGAAGCAUCUGCUGUGCAGCUCGAAGCUUCCCCAUUAGAAACAUUUAUUCCUACUGCUAAUUAUGAGAAUGUAAAAGAGGAGACUGAGAAACCUCCCUUAUACCAAGAGGCAGUGAAUGUACCACUGACGCAGGCCCAAGAAGCAAAAGAGGCGUUGACAUUUAAAAAACCUGAUCAUGAGACUAGCGCCAGUCCUGAAGAUACAGAGACUCCGUAUAUAUCUAUUGCAUGUGACUUAAUUAAGGAAACAAAGGUCUCCGGUGAAUCUGCUUCUCCAUCCUUUACAGAUUAUUCAAAGACACCGAUAACAGAAUGCAUUUCUCAGGAUGUGCCUGAACACAAGGAACUCGUUGAAAAACUGUCUCCGCCGUUUGGAAAAUCUGACUUGUUUAAUAGCCAGGUGAUACCUGACUUUACUGAGAAAGUGAGUGAAGAUCCCUCUCUCAUCUUAAAAAGUAAAUCAACUGAGAAUAUUGUAACUGAUGAUGAACACAAGGAACGACCGGUGGAUUCGGUAGCUGCCACAGGCAAGCCUUAUCUGGAGUCUUUCCAACCCGAGCUGGACUCUUCCAAAAUUACUGCUGCUCUGCCAUCUGAGCUGACACCAACACAAGUAGCCAAGGCAGAGAAGAUUCCUCUUCAAAUGGAAGAGCUGAAUGCUAUGGCUUAUUCAGCUGAUGUAUCUGUUGCUACAGAACCAAAACCAGCAGACAACAAAGCUCUCUCACCCAUGGACUAUUCCCCAGUCCCAGUGGAAGAAGACUUUGUGAUGUUAGCUCACCCUAAAACUGCUCCUGAGUUUGUGGCAGAAGCCACCGACAGAGAGGUACUGCGCAAAGAUGAAAGUGAAGAGAUCAGCAAGGCGAUCCAAGGUGAGAAGAAGCAGUUGCCUUGCCCAGAGCUACCCUGUGAUCUGUCUAUAAAGAAUGUAGAAGUAAAAGCUGAGGAAGAUACUAAUGCCUUGAAAAAGUCCUUGGAGGCUGUGGACAGAGAAGUGCCUGAAGUACCCAUGAUGUCCUUACCGGCCGCAGAUACCUCACCUUUAACUGCUGAGAAAGAGAUAGUCAGUCUAGUAAAACCAGAAGCUUUUGAGAAGGAAGCUGAGCGAGAAGCUGCUUCUGUUAAAGAAAAGGAAAAACCUACUGCUGUAUUUUCAGCAAAGCUGAAUAAAUCUUCAGUUGUUGACCUCCUUUACUGGCGCGACAUUAAGAAGACAGGAGUGGUGUUUGGUGCCAGCUUGUUCCUGCUGCUUUCAUUAACAGUGUUCAGCAUUGUGAGCGUGACGGCUUACAUUGCCUUGGCCCUGCUUUCUGUGACGAUCAGCUUUAGGAUAUACAAGGGAGUUAUCCAGGCAAUCCAAAAGUCUGAUGAAGGCCACCCGUUUAGGGCUUACUUGGAGUCUGAUGUAGCUGUGUCUGAAGAGCUUAUUCAGAAAUACAGUAAUGUUGUGCUUGGUCACAUUAAUGGCACAGUCAAAGAGCUGAGACGCCUCUUCCUAGUCGAUGAUUUAGUUGAUUCUCUGAAGUUUGCAGUGUUGAUGUGGGUAUUCACUUAUGUUGGUGCCUUGUUCAAUGGUCUGACAUUACUGAUCCUGGCUUUGAUCUCGCUCUUCAGUGUUCCUGUUAUUUAUGAGAGACAUCAGGCCCAAAUCGACCACUACCUGGGACUCGUGAACAAGAACGUCAAAGAUGCAAUGGCCAAGAUCCAAGCGAAGAUCCCGGGGUUGAAGCGCAAAACUGAGUAACCAGCCUGAAGCAACGUCUCGAUAGGAAGUUCAUCUUUUAAGGGGGAAAAAAAUACUCAUUUGGAUUUACACGGGGAGGGUCAGGGAAUAGCAAACCCCUUGACAUUGCAGUGCAAUUUCACAGAUCUUUAUUUUUUAGCGACGCAGUGUUUGAGGAAAAAAAAAAAAAUAACUGUUUUGACUGCCAUGUGUUUCAUCAUCUUAAGUAUCGUAAGCUGCUAUGUAUGGAGCUACAACUAAUCAUCCUUCUUUAUCCUGUGUGCAGCACUGGCUAAUACAAAAGAUUCGAGAGCGCUGUACAUUUGCUUCGUCCGAGGUAGGCCCUGCUGCGUGCAGGUGGAGCGGAGGAGAACACUUCCCAGUUUGUGCACUGUGUAUGGUCUGUGUAGAUUGAUGCAGAUUUUCUAAAAUGAGAUGUUUUAGAAGAAUAUACCAUUUUAGCAAGUUUUGAAAAAUCUUGCCUUUUUGGUAUGAGUAUAGCUGUAUUGUGAUUUUAUUGUUUUAUCAAUUGCCUAUAUAUAUAUAUAUAUAUGUGUUUCACAACGCUUAGAUCUUUCAGCUGCUCCACAGUGCUUCUACUUCAGAGAAUUGACUGGGUUCUGGACUAGCUCCAUAGCACACAAGCUUGAUAAACUCAAACGGCUCUGUAAGCACUAGCAUCCGCUCAAAAAAA